CACAGCACACUCUCUCCUACCUCACACACGGACAUUUGGGUGCCGCUGCAGCGUUUCGCUAGCUAGAGUUUUUUUCCAAAGAAAAGAGCCUCUAGGGCGAACAACAGAACAAUGUUGUGGUCCUGACUAACAUUGAAUGGAUUAGCCAUCUAUUCUUGAGCACUAAUGAGAUUAGGGUGUCAUUGCAGACAUGGGUUGCAGCGGCAUGGUACCUUUUGUUGAGCUCCGUGGGGAGUGUUUUCCCUGUCAGUCCUUCAGCGCUGGAAAUGGCGUUCUGAUGCUGAACAAGGAAGACGCGGUGCAGGCGGAUGCCAGCGAAUAGAAAUUACAUGUUUUCCAUAAACUGGUUUGUGGUGUGGAUUCCUAGUAGUGGUGGACAACAUGAAGUACCAGAAAUACAUAACGGUGAUGCAGAUGGCUUUGGGGGUGACUGCCAUCAACAGAGACAAUUGCAUCCCUCCUAAGAGACAGAUGUGGGUGACUCCCACAGAUGGAUUGUCAGGGAUAGGUGCCACAGGGAUAGGCACCGCUGCUUCGUCCGCUGCCAUUACAGAAGCUCAGGAUUCAGCAGAAGCAGCUGCAGAAGAUGCUGCAGCUGCUCGUGCCGCUGCUCGUGCAGGUGCUAUGUGUGGUUCUGGUGCUAUAGGAGGAUGCAGUGUAAUGUUUGCCACCUCCACACUCUCGCUGCCCAUGACCCAGGGCAAGCCCUCCCUCCGCAGGAUCAAGGGCCGCAUUCACCGCAGCAAGAGCCUGGACAGCAUAGACCUGCUCGACUCCAAUAGCACAGCGAUGGAGGAAACUGUAAUAUGGGAACAGCACACAGUGACCCUUCACAGAGCCCCAGGGUUUGGGUUCGGCAUAGCCAUCUCAGGGGGCCGGGACAACCCUCACUUCCAGAGUGGUGAGACUUCCAUUGUCAUCUCCGACGUCCUGAAGGGAGGCCCAGCAGAAGGACUCUUAUCGGAAAAUGACCGUGUGGUAAUGGUCAACGCGGUGUCCAUGGACAACGUAGAGCAUGCGUACGCAGUGCAGCAGCUUCGGAAGAGUGGAAAGAACGCAAAAAUAACGAUCCGAAGAAAACGGAAGGUUCAGAUCCCGGUGUCUCGCCCGGGGGACAGGGAGACUAUGUCCGAGCACGAGGAAGAGGACACGGAUGAAGACGAUGGUUGCGAGCAGCACAGCGGGCCCACCAGCGCCUACGGAGCGGCGAGCGGCGGCACGGCCAGCAGGCGGACGAACGACCGCGAGCGUGAACGCAGCAACAGCAGCCGGCGGGAACAUAGUGCCUCGCGAGAGAGGAGCAUCUCGCCCCGCUCCGGCCGAUCCCAAGGGUCCUCUACACCGUCCCGCCCCGCCAAAGUCACCCUUGUCAAGUCCCGCAAGAAUGAAGUAGAGUAUGGUCUGCGUUUGGCCAGCCACAUCUUUGUGAAGGACAUCUCCCCAGAGAGCCUGGCAGCACGGGACGGAAACAUCCAGGAGGGAGACGUGGUGCUGAAGAUUAACGGGACAGUGACCGAGAACCUGUCGUUAAUAGAUGCUAAGAAGCUGAUCGAGAGGUCAAAAGGCAAGUUAAAGAUGGUGGUGCAGAGAGACGACAGAGCCACGUUGCUCAACAUCCCCGAUAUGGACGACAGCAUUCCUUCCUGCAACAACUCCGACCGAGACGACAUUUCAGAACUUCAUUCAUUGACAUCAGACCAUUCCAGUCGAUCCCAUGAUCGAGCACGGGGCAGCCGAUCCCGCUCCCCUACCCGGUCUGAGCCCUCGGACCCCUCCCGACACUCACCACGGCAGAUCAGCAAUGGCAGCCACAGAAGUCGAGAUGAGGAGAGGAUUUCCAAGCCCGGGGUGAUGUCGACUCCUGUUAAAGGUUCCCAGGAGGCCCUAAUCCAGGCCAUCAGCGACCAGCCACUGGCCAGGGAGGACAAACUGCCCCCGCUGCCAGAACCAAAGCCAGUGUAUGCCCAGCCUGGCCAGCCUGAUGUGGACCUGCCAGUCAGCCCCUCUGACGCCCCAGUGCCCAGCGCUGGUCAUGAUGACAGCAUCCUCAGGCCGAGUAUGAAGCUGGUGAAGUUUAGGAAGGGGGAGAGUGUCGGCCUGAGGCUGGCCGGAGGGAAUGACGUGGGCAUCUUUGUAGCCGGAGUCCUGGAGGACAGCCCAGCUGCCAAGGAAGGUCUGGAGGAAGGAGACCAGAUUCUCAGGGUAAACAARGUAGACUUUGCUAACAUCAUCCGAGAGGAGGCUGUGCUGUUCCUCCUAGACCUUCCRAGGGGUGAAGAGGUCACCAUUCUGGCCCAGAAGAAGAAGGAUGUUUACCGUCGGAUAGUGGAGUCGGAUGUGGGCGACUCGUUCUACAUCCGAACCCACUUUGAGUAUGAGAAGGAGUCUCCGUAUGGCCUGAGCUUCAACAAGGGAGAGGUGUUCCGUGUAGUGGACACCCUCUACAACGGCAAGCUGGGCUCCUGGCUCGCCAUACGCAUUGGCAAGAACCACCAGGAGGUGGAGAGAGGCAUCAUCCCCAACAAGAACAGGGCAGAGCAGUUGUCCAGUGUGCAGUACACCCUCCCCAAAACGCCAGGGGGCGACAGGGCUGACUUCUGGAGGUUCCGUGGUCUGCGGACCUCCAAGAGGAACCUGAGGAAGAGCAGAGAGGACCUGUCUGCCCAGCCGGUCCAGACCAAGUUCCCUGCCUAUGAGAGGGUGGUGCUGAGAGAGGCUGGGUUCCUGAGGCCUGUGGUGAUAUUUGGGUCCAUCGCAGACGUGGCAAGAGAGAAGCUGGCCAGAGAGGAGCCUGACUUGUUUGAGCUUGCCAAAACACAGCAACAUGAAGGAGUGGAAAAGAGUGAGCCCAAAGACGCAGGAAAAGACCAGCGCAGCUCCGGGAUCAUUCGCCUCCACACCAUUAAACAGAUCAUUGACCGGGACCGGCAUGCUGUGCUGGACAUCACCCCUAACGCUGUGGACCGUCUGAACUACGCCCAGUGGUACCCCAUCGUGGUGUUCCUCAACCCGGACAGCAAGCAGGGCGUCAAGACCAUGAGAACCAGGCUGUGCCCCGAGUCCAGGAAGUCAGCCAGGAAACUCUAUGAGAGAGCCCUCAAACUGAGGAAGAACAACCACCACCUCUUCACCACCACCAUUAACAUGAAUAAUAUGAAUGACGGGUGGUACGGUGCCCUGAAGGAGACCAUUCAACAGCAGCAGAACCAGCUGGUGUGGGUUUCAGAGGGAAAGGCGGACGGUGCUCCAGAUGAUGACKUGGAUCUGCAUGAUGACCGUCUGUCGUACCUGUCGGCUCCGGGCAGUGAGUACUCCAUGUACAGCACGGACAGCCGCCACACCUCCGACUACGAGGACACGGACACAGAGGGCGGGGCCUACACCGACCAGGAACUAGACGAGACGCUGAACGACGAGGUGGGCCUGCCCACUGAGCCCGCCAUCACCCGCUCCUCGGAGCCCGUCCGAGAGGACCCGCCAGUCAUCCAGGAGCCCCUGAGGUACGGCGGGUACCAGCACACAGUGCAGCCCGCCCCCCUGAACCGGAUCGACCCAGCCGGGUUCAAGGCACCAGUGGCCCAGCAGUGUUACUGGCUGAGACAGAGGCAGCGCCCACUGCUGUCAACAACACUGUAAAUGGUGUAGCGGGUUUGAGCCAUGGUUUAAGCCUUGGCCCUAUCGCUGCUCCCCAGAGCGAACCCAGCCCAGGCCCCGGCCCCGAGGCUGACUGGCUUAGGAUGCGCACCCCUGAUCUAGCUCAGCCCCUGGCCCCGGCCCCAACGCUCGAACCCGAACCCCUACAAUCCGGACCGCCCAGUUCAGAACCACAGAUGUACAAGAAGGAUCCCUACCUGGAGGAGCCAGUCAGAGUGAACCAUGGUGGUGUAAAGCCGUCUCCGGCGAUGGKGCCGCCCAUGACCUACGAGUCCCAGCCUCCGUAYCAGGACCAACACCCGUACAGAGAUUACGAUCACCCGCCYAACCGCUACGACGGGGGUGGCUACCUGGAACCAAAGUAUCGUAACUUCGACUCUCAACUGCACCACGAGAAAARCGUGCCUCACUACGAUGACCAGUGGCCUCCYUACAACCAGCAGACCUCUGGCCCACCACCCCACCAGCARCAGCAMCCYCCUGGRCMUGGCUACGACCCCCGGCUGUCCUACGAAGACGGACCCGAGCRAGACUACAGCCCYCCUCAGCCGCGCUAUGAUGAGRCCCCGCUGGGCUACAACGGACGACCUCGCUAUGGAAAGCCUGCAGGACCAGGACCCAUCCGCUACGAUGAGUCUCCUCCAUCCGGCCCAGGGGGCUACGCUCCUCUACGUUACGACCAGGAGCCUCACCCGUAUCCCCCUGCAACACGCUCUCCAGAGCCCCCUAAACAGUACUACCAGGGGGAGCCUGCCCAGCGGCCAGGACCUGRGCCUGCCUACAACCAGGCACCACCUCAGCACCGAGGCUACAAGCCCCCGCCCCAACAGUAUGAACCCAUCAUGAACUUUGACGCCCCYGUGCCCGCACCCAAACCACAACCAGAGGCUCUCCGUCCCUCACCUGGGGACACKGUGAUCACUACAGCCCCCAAUCYCCUUCCCCCUCCCCCCAGAGUGGAGCYGGAGGACGACCCGGCCAUAAGGGCCCAGUCGGUGCUGUCCAGGGUCAAGAUGUUUGAGAACAAGCGCUCUGUGUCUGUGGACCGAGCCAAGGAGGCAGGGGACGCCUUCGGGCUCAGGUCAGCAGAUCUGCCCACCAAACCAGGUGCGUGCAUUCCUAAAGCCAACUCACUCAGCAAUCUGGACCAGGAGAAGUCGUUCAGAGUCCCUGAGCCUCAGAAGCCCCGGGAGGUGUCCGAUGAUGACAUAGUGCGCUCUAACCACUAUGACCCAGAUGAAGACGAGGAGUACUACAGGAAACAGCUGUCCUACUUUGACCGGCGCAGCUUGGACGCAGGCAAGGCACCUCCUCAGACAACACCUGUCAUCGCAACCAAACYUGCAUCUCAACCACAAGCACAUCCCGGAUACAACUACCCAAGGGCAGAGUCAGUGGAGAAGGUCAGUCCUGUGGAGAGGAGAUAUGAACCCGUUCCCAGGUUACCCCCGCUGCCCCACCUGCCAUAACUACCCAAACCCACCUCA